GCCACCAGUUGUCGGGUUUCUGUUUGCGUCGCAAUCAAAUUGGUUUUUUCCGCGUCGAAGUGAAUUAAUCGCGAUUCUUUUUCUAGGUUUCGAGAGCGUUUGUUAAGAACUUGUUGUUUAAUGCGAAGUUAGCAAUGUGAAAUGACGAAAGUAGUGAAAAGAUUGAAAAACAAUAAUUCUGUAUCGGUGACAGCAAAAAGAGCGGCAAAUGGUGAAGAUGGUGGAAUUGUGCCCGGGAAGAUAAGUGCGCAUAAUCAGAACACAAGGCCAGUGGCCCUGGGCUCAGCUGAUAGCUUGCCAACAAGGAAAUGCCGAAUACCUUUGAGGCGAUUACGGCUGAGCCCACGAGGAAGUGUGGUAAUUCCUACAGACGUGCCCAAAGCUUCCUCAAAUCUGGGGUUUGUUCAAAUUUCACCAGAAAAUGAAACUGAGUCGAAAAAGUUGCGCCCCCGGGGAAAUGCAAUUCUUUCACUCAGGCGGAAGAGGUUUGCAGCGGAUGGCAACCGACAGCCUAUCGAUGAUGCGAGCAUGUUAUCGCCGGAAGGAACGCCUAGAGGUGCUCUUCCAAGAGGUUCAUCUACCAAUGAACCCGUAGUGGACCUGGAUACCCCGAGAAACCCUUCAACAAUUGGAACAAAAGAAUCUCCGAAAUCGAACUUGUCUAUUUUGGCGCCGUUUCUUCCAAGACAGGAGGACAGUUCGAGCGUAGGGAAGUGUAAUGAUCGUAGCCGUCUGUCUCUACGUAGAGGAGCUAAAUCGUCGGGGACGGGGACGGGGACUGGAAGUUCCCAGGAAUCAUCGAAUGGCUACUCAGUCGAACUAGUAUCGGAGGAAACUUCUUUGAAAGAAGAUGGAAGGAACGGACGAGAAAACAGGAGUGUAAAGCCGAAACAAACUGGUUCUUCGUAUAAACCCUGUGUCGUAAAUGUAGCUCGAAUCAAAUCAAACAAAGAUGCUGGGAAAGAACAGGAGAAGGUGCAUCAUGAACUGCAAACGAAUGCAAAUCAGUUGGUAUCAGCUGAGACUUCGGAUGUAAAUCCCGGAAAUAAAUCCAAAGGGGAUCGUGCGAACUCAAGACUACCCACAAUCAAGAAGUGUGGGAUAAAAAUAACUCGAGUCAAAGAGAAAUCGAUCUCAGCGGUAAACAAGCCUGCAACUCGCAGUAGGAGACCACAAAAAGUUAAACAAACUCCUUCGACCUCUGCAGAAAAAUCUCCUAAACGCGCCGUCACAAACCAAAUCCCGCGAGCAACCUGCAAAUCGCCUGACAUGUUUGGAGAUGACGCUGCUGACAGCGCGCAGGAUAUAUAUGCCUUCAAUUCUCAGUCGAGCUAUUCAGAGCGCGAAGACUUUGCUGCGGACAUAAUUGAGAAACUGAAAAAAGAGAAAAAGGUGUUCGUCUCAAGACGCCAGAAUAAGCUGAAAUCUCCAGGAAAACGACGGAAGAAGGGCGUCCAGCCUGCAAAUUGGCGUACUGUCUGUAGAAAUCUUUCAGUAGCAGUUCCUGUAGCAAAGGAUCGAAAUAAGUUGGCAGCUGCCAAAAGGGCGAAUACGGAAAAAACUGCUGCACCCAUAACCGUGGUGCAAAGUGAUGACGAUUAUGAUCACUUCGAUAACGCAAUCCCCGAACCCCAUGAUGAGCCUUCCUCAGUUUCUGCUGAUCCGCCGCCCAUGCAAACUAAAUCGACAUCUGCUGGGACUGGCGCAAUGAGUAUGCUUGCCCAGAAAGUCCUUACAAAGCAAGCGGCUUUAAAGAUAGCUCCCGCAUCCACAUCAACUCCACAGAGAAGGCGAACACUCGACAAAGUGAAACUUCUACAAAUGGCGAAGAGUUUGGUGAAUAAAUCGAGUGUAAGUCACUCAACUCCAAACAAGCCUUCCACCAUUCAAGCUACGUCUGCUGGCAGAUCAAUGAACGCUUCUGGAGGUGCUUCCCCAUGGCGCGUUGAUAAUGAGAACGUGCCGCGCUUGUUCUACUUCUCGCGUACAAGUGAUGAUCUUCCAUCGUAUUCGAGCGAUGUGUUGCCAUCGAGUCAAGGACCGUCUGAUAUUUCAAAACGGAACCGCUCAAUUGAGAAACAUGUUACUAACAAUAAUAUCGCAGCUACCAAAACUCUUGAUUCAUCGACGAAUACUUCUAAGUCCUCACCUUUUAAGUCUUACGUGGAAAAUAUUCUUAAUAUUUCCGACAUUGAAAACAUCUCUCCAGUGAAACGUGUCGAAGACAAAAUCAAAGAUAAUUCUGCCCUAAUAGGGGUGAAUCCUAGGCGGGGCCUUGCCGACAGGAGUCCUUUGAAAGCAAUAAAUAUUUUAAAUGUCGUUACUCUACCUCAACGCGUUACAGUAGUGCAACCAGCGGAAAAACAGAAACCUUCAAAGAAGAACAAAGAGAAUAUUGGCCAGCGCUCAAGUCUGUCAUCACACUCUGACAAGAGUCCACUGAAGCCUGCGGGGAAUGAAUCUGCGAAGCGUUCAAGCAUGUUGAACAGCAGCGGAACUCUCGAUGAAAAAUUGUUGGAGAACGUUUCCUACCGCGAUAAAACCCUCGACAGUAAUCUGUCUGGAAGUGUUUCAUUCGGGUUUAGUGACGAAGACGAAAACGAUCCUUCGCUUGAUGUCUCAGAGCCAAUACCACCAUCAAAACUACCCAAUAAGAAGCGGCUCCGCAGAAGGUUAACAAAGUUGAAACGUUUGCUUCCUCCAAAGCCAACGAGAGUGGAUUAUGGGAAAAUUCGGUCAAUUUUCAAUUCACCGAAGAAACAGGCAGAUAUUCGUGAAAUGAUGUCAUCUACAAGGAACGCAGGCAAUAAAUCGUUUAGUGGUGAUAUGCUGGAUGCCAGUGAGAUUGCUUCAAAUGCAUCGUCUGAUGAAGCGCCGACAAUGAAUGGAGACAACACAAUUGCUGAUGAUGCAAUCAAUUUAUUUGAAGAUCCGGAAGAGCCUCAGACAACGUUUGAUACGUCGGUGCAAAUUCGAACAUACGAGCGACCUAAAAGAAAAGCUAAGCGGGUACACAAUUUCGUACUUUUCUCUAGCGACUCUGAACACGAGGAAGAGCCCGUUAGCAAACCAAAACGGACCAAGUCGAAUAAAAAUAAUAAGGAAUUAAACAAAUUCAUUACGGAAUUCAACUCGAUGUGCGAGGAGGUCGAUAAAUAUGAAUUGGUUGUAGAGAAAGACAAAAGCCAUAACUCGACCGAUUGCAGAUGUGAGCUGUGUCGUGGAUCAAAGAUAUCGAAUAUUUAGUUGCUGUGCAUGAACUCCCAUUUAUUCAUCUUCAAUUUAUGAAAUACUUUUUAGUUUUUGAGUGCAUAUAACUGCGUUGCGUGCCAUAGAGGCAUUCGUAUUGAGCAUACCAUAACAUUGGCGGUUACGUUUUUUACUCAUUGGAAAUAAAUUUUUUAUUUUUAUAUU